AUGUCGUCGCCCGCGCCGCAAGCUGGGCCCUCGAGCGCACGCACACCCGACCUCGACCGCUUCUGGCACCCUCCACCACCCUCGACAGCCCGCCUGCCGGCCCUGCGCGCGACCCUCGCCAAGGUGCCCUCGCCCGCCCUGCGCAUCUCGCGCGUCGCCCAGCUCGACGCCAGCCUGCUCGAUGGCGAGCUCGAGGGCAUCCUCCAUGCGCCGGUAAAGGCGGCACUCGAUGGCGUGCGCCCCGCAGGCGCACGCAGCUUCGAGCCCGAGUUCCUCGCGCUGUUGCGACUCGCCAUCCUGCGCAUGUCGCUGUGGGACCGCGGCGCCACGUACGGCUCGACGCUCCAGAACCUGCGGUACCGCAACGAGGGCCGCCAUGCAAAGGGCUUGCAAGGCGCCGCGACCGACUCGACCCUGUCGCGCGUGCAGAAGUUCGCCUACACGCUCCUCGUCGUGGUCCCGCCCUACCUGCACUCGCGCCUCCAGGACCAGAUGCUCACCUCGUCCUGGGCCGACGAACCCCUCCCGCGCUCGUGGUUCGCCCUCGUCGACCUGCGCCGGCUCCUCAAGCGGGGCGCGAGGCGUGACGACGAGAUGAUCCAGUGGAGGCGCGAGUGGAAGAGGACCGGGUGGGAGCUCCUCGGCGUCGCAGAGCGCCUGUCGGCCGUCCUCGGGCUCGCCAACUUUCUUGUUUUCCUCUACAAUGGCCGGUACCGCACGCUCAUCGACCGGGUCCUCCAGAUGCGGCUCGUCUACUCGCAACGAGCGUUCGUGCCCAACGUGUCGUUCGAGUUCCUCAACCGCCAACUCGUGUGGGAGGCCUUCACCGAAUUCCUCCUGUUUCUCCUCCCGCUCGUCAACAUGCAUCGCUUGCGCCUGCGCCUCACCAAAGCCGUCUCGUCGCGCGCGAGCAAGUCGACCGCCCUGCGCCUGCUCGCGUCGGCCCUCCCCGCCCCGGUCGCCGGCACCCUCGGCCUCUCGUCCCUGCGGUCCUCCUCCUCGUCGUCGAACAAUACAGGCCCUCUCGCGCCGAGCGACAAGCCGCACGGCCCGCUCGCGUUCCUCCCGCCGCACACGUGCCCCGUGUGCUACUCGCGCUCGACCGCCCCGCCGACGCACCUCCCCUCUGCGUCGUUCGCCGACCCGACGCUCCCCUCGGCGUCGCUCCUCCACCACACGGGCGGCGCAGGCGGUCCGGCGGCAGGCGACGGCGACACGUCGGUCAAAGUGCCCUACGUCGCCGACUGCAGGUUCGCGUGCCGGUACUGCUACUACUGCGUCGUUGGCGCGCUCGCAAAGGCCGACGACGAGGCCGACGACGCGUGGACGUGCCUCAGGUGCGGCGAGGAGGUGCAUGGCGCGAGGCGGGAGGAGGUCGAGCCGGCGCAAGACGACGAGGAGGAGGAGGAGGAGGAGGACGAGCGAGCAGGGGGCGCGAGCGCAGAUGGGCCCGAGCCGUAGAGCUUCGCUCUCUCUCGAGGGCGAGCAAUGUAUCUCAAUGAUAGAUC